AUGUCCUCAAUGUCAGUUGAUGUCUCUGCUUUUCCACCUCCUACUGUUUCUUCUGAUGCUUCCACAACAGGUGGAUCACUCUAUACUUCAUUGUCUUCAGUUACCCCCAGGCCUUCUAUGACCAUGCAAACAUUGUCAUUAGAUGUCACACCUUUGACAUAUGCUGGGUCUGCUUCAAAAAGUUCAGUGGCUUCCGUUGCUUUCACUACUUCAGAAAUAACUAAAGUAUCAUCCAGCAUCACACCUACAUCCUUUUCCUCCCCAGCAGAGCCAACUUUUCCCUCUGGGAAAACCAUUCCAACCACUGUCAUGGCUGGGACAGUGACUCCAUUCAUAGGCAUCCCUGUCUCUCCUCUACUCAGUUCUAAGAACACGGAACCUAUUUCUUCCAUUCCAAAGACCACAUUUUCAUCAUUUCUAUCAACAGCCCAACAAUCAUCACAAAGAUAUCAGGGCACCAGUCUGGGCAUAUUUCCUGGGAUUACUAACAGCUCCCUUUCAACUGUAAGCAGUGGUAAAGUAACAGCUCUCAUAAAUACUCAUUCCAGAACUGGUGCCCCUGAAAGUGUGCUUUCAUCUACUCUGGAAAAUCUCCACACUUCCUUGAAUAUUCAAAUUUCCCCAUCUUUGACUGGCUUUAAGAGCACUCCUGGAUCCACAAAAAGUGUAAAAAUUACCAUUUAUCAUUCUUCAAAUACAGAAAAGAAGACUUCCUCAUCAGAAAAUACUUCAACAGCUGAACUGACAAAAGGUGCCAUGUCUGUGAAUACACCUCUUUCAUACCCUCCCUGGAUUCCAUCCGGUACAACUUCACCCUCUUCGACAUUAGUUCUUUUUUCACCUCAAAGUACUGAAGCCAAGUUCUCUACUCCAAAGACUUCUCUUCCUCCUAUGUCCCAAAGAGUUGAAUCUCCAGUUCUACAAACAAGAACCACAUCUAGUAAUGCCCAGUCUCUGCUUUUGACUUCCUGGAACACACCCACAGCUGAAGAUUCUGAAUUUUCAGCUUCUACCACUGCUCAUGUACCUACAUCCCACAAGAAGCAAACAGAGAGUCCUUACGUUAGUCUAGAGUCUUUGUCAACAUUCCCAGUCUCUCAGACUGGUCUUGUACUUGGAGAUGUAAUGGCAAUGUCAUCAAUUUCCACAACAGGAACUCUUCCUACCUUGGGGAUGUCUGAGAGCCCUUCAUUAUCAAUAUCUUCAAAAUCUAUCCCUAUUACUUUGGCUGACAUUAAGCACACAUUUGAGAAGACAACUACAUCUGUAACUCCUGGGACCACACUCCCAUCAAAUAUUUCCGAUGCUGCUUCAGAAUCUAUCAUUUCAAAGGCUGCUGCUUCACCCAUGUUGACUUGGAUCUUAUCUAGUCUUCCUUCAGGUUCACCUCUGGCAACUAGAUCCAAUACUCUUCACAUUAUAUCUUCCUCUCCAGAAGAGAUAGUCAGUUCACUUCAGUUCAGUUGCUCAGUCGUGUCCGACUCUCUGCAACCCCAUAAAUCAAUUCUGAGGAUAAUUGAACAUGCUGGUCACAAGAUGGAGUUUCCUGGGAGGGCAGCAAAUCUGACAGUGGCCAGGCUGGCUUUGGCUGUCCUACGGGUGGACCACACAUUUGAAGGCAUGGCCUUCAGCAUUCGCUCCUAUGAAGAAGGCAUAGAGCCUGAGAGAGGCAGUAGGAUGUGGUUAACAGCAGGGACCCUGGGGCCAGAUGCAGAAUUUAAAGCUGGCUGUGCCAUUGUCCACCCAUGUGAACUCGUGGGCAAAUUCUUCAAUGCCCAGUGCCUUUGUUUCUUCCUAUCGGUGGCUCUUGCGGAGAGGGCCAGAGCCCAAGGCAAGUUCAAUAUGGCCCAGGGGCUCUGGAAGCACAGAGCCCCAGCACCCCAGCUGUCUGCGAGCUCAGGAAAGGCCUCUGUAGGAGAGGUGUCAGCGGAGAUGGAGGUCGAGUACCAGCUAGAAGAUUUAAAAGGGUGA